AAAGUAACCCCAGAAAACUGCCCUCCGUAUCCUCUUAGACUGAGAGGAGCGAGACAGUGACUGGGACUUGCUGUUAAAAGAUGGAUUCCUAAUGUCCUAUGGCUAGUUUAAUUAGCUGUCCAAAGGAUUUCUUUUUCUUAUUUCCUAUCGACUCUCUAUACACAUGGAUAGGAAAUAAGUACAUCUUCUUGGGCCUCUGUAGACAUAAGUAACUCAAAAUAGCCAGAGUACCUUUACAUAUGUUAUUUGCAUAGAACUAAGAUUUAUUUAAGUACAUUUGUACUUUAAGUACAGAAUGGGGACCAAGGGAGGAGACCUGUGUUUUGGGGGAUAUUUCUUUGGAUGUACUAUGACCUGCAAGUUCUGGCUUCUAUCUAAAGCGUGUUCUUUGGUGGAGAGGUUCCUUUUGCUUUUCCAGUAAACUCAUUGCCUGUAGAUUUCUGGGCCUGAAUAAUAGGAAAGAGCUGAGUUUGAGGAGUUUUUUUCUCUCUCUCUCCUCCAGAUGGAGGUGUAGAUAAGUUGCUAUAGAAGGAGACUAGGAGCUGGUGGAGAAGGGAUUCCAGAGCCAACUCACUCCGUGGCCAUGAGCAAAUCCUUAAUCCCUAAAGUAGGGAUUUAAUCAUUGAGACUUGAGGGCCGUUCAAAUGUGAAGCAGUGAAAUUUGUGGAUUGUGAAGGGAUUCAUCAGUCCAAAUGGUGGCUGGAGCCAAAAUCCGAGUAUAAAACAGUCACGCUGUUGGAUCAAGUAAGGUGAUUCAGCAUCUCAGGUCUCAGGUUGUCUCAAAAAUCAUUUUCCUUUGUAGAGAGUAUAUUAUUCACUUUUCCAUGAGUAUCCUUGGGUAUACAGGAAAAUUUAUCUAGCUUCACUGGAAUUACCUUUUUGUCUUCCUCUGAGAAUGAGUCUGGACUAGUACCUGGGCCAUUAUUAGUGUGGAUAACAGAGGCGAUGAGAACACCUCCUUAGACUCUUAUGCAGAGUGGGUGACUUCAUGUUCAUGUUCUCAUGGAAAUGAGGUAGGAGGAGAUGUGGGAACUAUAAGCCUUUUGGUUUCUUUCCUACUCAAGACGGUGGCCUCAGGAACCACCAGUAGGAAUGAUUUGCUCAUUGACUACCAGGACUGUGAUUUCUUUCCCAUCCUCUCAAGGUGGCAAAUUUUAUUGGUGGCCACAGGAUGUACAAUUCGUUUCCGUUUUGAAGAGAGAAGACCAGGUAUUUUUGCCCAGCGGAGGAAUGAUGUAGCUCCAUCCUAACCUUCUUUUCUUAUACUUCCAGGCCCCCUCUUGUCUGCUGCAUGUCUGGAAAGCUAUGACGGGAAUGAAUGUGAAAACUUGGAAGUUUCACCUAACCCGUUGCUUCUGCCCUGAAGAUCAUCUUUUAGAAGUGGGAAGACUGCUCCACGUGGUGGUUGACUCCAAGGGACAGGAGGCAUUGUAGAAAGAGAUGGAUGAAAGCAGCUCCAGGGGCUUCCGACGCAUGCUCCCUGUGGUCUAGUCCAGGGCAGCCCUUCCGUGGGGCGCUGGCAUCUGGGAUGCCGCCAGUUCUGGACGCGGGGCUGACUCCGGAGUGAGGAUGGUCCGCCGGGGGCUGCUGGCGUGGCUCUCUCGGGUGGGGGUGUUGCUCGUGCUCCUCUGCUGUGCCAUCUCCGUCCUCUACAUGCUGGCCUGCACUCCAAAAGGCGACGAGGAGCGGCUGGGGCUGCCCCGGGCCAGCGGCCCCACAGGGAAGGAGGGGUCCCAGGCCGUCCUGCAGGACUGGGAGGAGCAGCACCACAACUACAUCAGCAGCCUCAAGAGGCAGCUGGCGCAGCUCAAGGAGGAGCUGCAGCAGCGGAGCGAGCAGCUCAGGCAGGCGCGGUAUCACGCCAGCGAGGCCGCGGGCCUGGGCCCGGCCCCGGGGCCCCCCGAGAAGUCCCAGGCCGACCUGCUGGCCUUCCUGCGCUCGCAGGUGGACAAGGCGGAGGUGCACGCCGGCAUCAAGCUGGCCACCGAGUACGCCGCGGUGCCUUUCGACAGUUUCACGCUGCACAAGGUGUACCAGCUGGAGACGGGCCUGACCCGCCACCCUGAGGAGAAACCCGUGAGGAAGGACAAGCGGGACGAGCUGGUGGAAACCAUCGACUUGGCCUUGGAGACCCUGAACAGUCCUGCGGAGAGCAGCCCGAAUCAGCGUCCUUAUACGGCCUCGGAUUUCAUAGAAGGGAUCUACCGCACAGAAAGGGAUAAAGGCACUUUGUAUGAGCUAACGUUCAAAGGGGACCACAGGCACGAAUUCAGACGACUUGUCUUGUUUCGACCAUUUGGCCCUAUCAUGAAAGUAAAAAAAGAAAAACUCAACAUGGCCAACACGCUGAUCAACAUUAUCGUCCCCCUGGCGAGGAGGGUGGACAAGUUCCGGCAGUUCAUGCAGAAUUUCAGGGAGAUGUGCAUCCAACAGGAUGGGAGAAUUCAUCUCACUGUUGUUUACUUUGGGAAAGAAGAAAUGAAUGAGGUCAAAGGAAUACUUGAAAACACUUCCAAAGCCGCCAACUUCAGGAACUUCACCUUCAUCCCGCUGAGCGGAGAAUUUUCUCGGGGAAGGGGGCUCGAUGUUGGAGCCCGCUUCUGGAAGGGAAGCAACGUCUUGCUCUUUUUCUGUGACGUUGACAUCUACUUCACCUCGGAAUUCCUCAAUACAUGUAGGCUGAAUACGCAGCCAGGGAAGAAGGUAUUUUAUCCGGUCCUUUUCAGUCAGUACAAUCCUGCCAUAAUAUACGGCCACCAUGAUGCUGUCCCCCACUUAGAGCAGCAGCUGGUCAUCAAGAAGGAAACUGGAUUUUGGAGAGACUUUGGGUUUGGGAUGACGUGCCAGUACCGGUCCGACUUCAUCAACAUCGGUGGCUUUGACUUGGACAUCAAGGGCUGGGGCGGCGAGGACGUGCACCUUUACCGCAAGUACCUGCACAGCAGCCUCAUUGUGGUGCGCACGCCUGUGCGGGGCCUCUUCCACCUCUGGCACGAGAAGCGCUGUGUGGACGAGCUGACCCCCGAGCAGUACAAGAUGUGCAUGCAGUCCAAGGCCAUGAACGAGGCCUCGCACGGGCAGCUGGGCAUGCUGGUCUUCAGACAUGAGAUAGAGGCCCACCUUCGCAAGCAGAAACAGAAGACGAGCAGCAAGAAAACUUGAACUCCCGGGACAGACUUGGGGAGAGGUUUUAUUUUUUUCCUUUUGCAAUUACUGAACAAGUGGCUGCAACAAGGAAAAGAUUUCCAUAAAGGGCAAAAAAAAGAAUUCGACUGAUUGAUAGUAAAAGAGACAAGCGGGGAGAGCCUCCGAUUUCUCUCUGCCUAUUUGGCUUAAUGCAACAGGAGUAAAAAUCUGCCACUUUGCCUGCAGAAGUAGCCCAGAUGCCCCAUGCAGUGUCUGACAAAGGUAGAAGGACUGUGAGAUGAUGAGCCUAAUGGCCUGGGGGUUUUGACUGUGUUUACAGCAAAGUGCGAUCUGUCUGUUUUCUGUGCUCAUUGAAAUGAGCAUUAAGACCAGUUUUGUAAGAAGUUGAUUAGAAUGAAAGGCGAGCACAUUUCCCCCACACGGAUGAUGAUUGCAGUGGGGCCUAGUGGGUAGGAAUACUGAAGUAAGUAUCAGAAGGCAGGCGAGGAGACUGUGACGUUUGAAGAUACGCUCCUCGCCACCCUUGAGUAGAUUAAGCAAAAGCAAAUGGACUGAAAAAGAAAAGAAACCAUAACGACUGUGUUGUUUCCCCCCAAGAUUAACCAAAAAUAAUCUGCUCAUCUUUUUGGUUGUAGUUGUAACUAUCUCCAUUUGUUAAUUUUAUUUAAAAAUGCACUUUUUUUUUGGCUUGUGAGUUAUAUUCUGCUUAUUUAAUUACCAAUUUGCAAGCCUUACUAAGAGAGCACAAAUUAGCCUACAUUUUUAUAUUAUUUAAGAAGAUACUUUUAGAUGCAUUAUGAGAUCUUUCAGUUCAGAGUAUCAGAUUGAUACCCGGGUGCAAGGACGUGCCAGUGCUGUCCUGUCAGCGCUGCCGGCCCCACCUGCAGUCGCAUGGAAGGCGUAGCAUGGGGCUGCUGACAGGUCAAGACACAGAGACUGCACCUGAAGAGGAGCAGCUGAACACUGGAGGGAACGAAAAUAAGCUUUUUACCUUCACAGAAAAGAAAACUCUUCAGACUAGAACCGUGAUUUAUUCACAAGUUAAAAAGACACAUUUUCUUCUCGGGAGAACUGGAGACCACUUUCUUACCUGUUUAAAUAAACCAAAGUAUACUGUGUGAACCAAACAAUCUCCUUUCAAAGCAGGGUGCUCUUCCUGGCUUCUGGCUUCCAUGAGAAGAAAUGCAGAAAAAAGUAUUUUGUAAGAGAUCCCUCCAUCUGCCAGAGCCGAGUAGGAUGGAAGAUUUUGCUACGUGUUCACUCACCCCAGUCUCGGGGGAAAGAACUUAAUUAUUUUUUAAAUUAAGCAGUUCUACUCAGUCACCAAGAUGCUUCUGCAAAUUGCAUUUGAUUACAGUUUCCAACUAUUUUUUU